UUGUGUCGUGAGUAUGCCUCGGUAUUGCCCCUCACCGGAUCGCUCGCAUCAGCUCUGAAGUCGGAAUUGAGAGACUGUCGAGAUCCAGUCAGAAGCGUCCAGCCAGCGAUGCAGAAUUUUGGAGAAGCUGGAUCUGGCGAGCACGGGCCACGCGGCGGUCCAAAGCCGGCAUCACCGAAGCUCCCCCAGGCAGUCGAACAACGCGUCAACGUCAAUCCCCUCCACCCACGACAAGCUCUAGACCAUCUCCAUCCACCGCGCACCCUCGACGACUCUCGCCUCCUCCGUCUUGUCCUCCAGCUUCUCGACCAUAUUCCGCAUUCUGCCAGGCUCAUUUCCGCCGCUCACCACCCUCCCCCGGAUACUUAUUCGCACGAUUGCCCAUCAUGUCUGGUGCGAAGCGCUGGCUAUGACAGACACAUCACCAUUUUCUCUGAUCAGGGACGCCUAUACCAAGUCGAAUAUGCAUUCAAGGCAAUUACCGCGGCAAACAUCACAUCGCUGGGUGUGAGGGGGAAGGACUGUGCAGUUGUCAUCUCACAGAAGAAGGUGCCGGAUAAGCUCAUCGACCCGUCGUCCGUCUCGUACAUUCACAAGCUCUCGCCGUCGGUUGGCUGCGUCAUGACAGGGUCCAUAGCCGAUGCGAGGGCCUCUGUGAGUCGUGCACGUGGAGAAGCUGCUGAGUUUCGCUACAAAUUUGGGUACGAGAUGCCCUGCGACGUAUUGGCGAAGAGGAUAGCGAACAUUAGCCAGGUUUACACUCAACGGGCAUACAUGCGCCCACUGGGUGUGGCUACCACGCUUAUCUCGCUAGAUUCCGAAUAUGGACCCCAGCUUUACAAGUGCGAUCCGGCUGGAUACUAUGUUGGCUACAAGGCGACGGCCUCUGGACCCAAGACGCAAGAGGCGCUCAACUUCCUCGAGAAGAAGCUGAAGAACAAGGAUCACGCCGAGGGCAGCUGGGAGGAGGUAGUAGAGCUGGGCAUUACAGCUCUCAGCACCGUCUUGUCGGUGGACUUCAAAAAGGGCGAGCUUGAAGUGGGCAUCGUGGGGGGACCCAGGGCCGACGGCGAGGAGGGAACAGACGCGCAGUUCCGCGCUCUUAGCGAGGAGGAAAUCGAUGAGCGUCUGCAGUCCAUCGCCGACAAGGAUUGA